AUGGCAGCAAUGGCACCACCAGUGAUUCUUAUUCAAGAUGCUGAGGGUACUCUCAGAGAUGGAGAUGGCCAUUCGCCGUUGGCGUUGAAUGCUGAAGCAGAUGAUGAGAACCGUACACUUGGAGAAUACAACAGGCCUGCACUGUUCUAUUCAAACUGCUCUGCUAUACGUCCUCCUGCAUUUCAGAGGAACAACUUUGAGUUGAAGCCUGGGUACGACACUCUUGUAGGACAACACCCGUUCCAUAGCCAUACUCAUGAGCAUCCAAUGGACCAUAUUGAGAAGUUUGAAGACUUGCUCAAGGAGUUGAAGCCUGCAUCUUUUACGUGCUGGAAAGAUGUAAAGGUUGAGUUCUUGAACAACUUUUAUGAUGAUGCGAGGUCCAAGGAGCUGCAAAAAAAGAUUUCUACCUUUUCUCAAGGGAUCUCAGAGGCUUUCAAGGCUGCUUGGGUGCGUUUUAAGGGGUAUCAGAGAGAUUGUCCACACCAUGGUUAUGACAAAUUUCAGCUGUUGGGAAUCUUUUAUAGAGGAUUGGAUUGGAGAUAUCAGAUGGCUUUAGAUGCUGCAAGUAAUGGUAACUACAAUACAAGGUCUCCAGCUCAAGCCACCAAACUGAUAGAGAAUUUAGCUACCAGCAACAGCACUAAAGUUGCUGAUUUUGAGAGGAAGAAGCUAGCUCAAAACAUGGAUGGUGUUCAACUUGCUGAAGUUAAGGCAAAGCUUGAUUCUGUGCAUAACCUUCUUGUUUCCAAGAAGACUGUUAAGUUUGCAGCUGAGGUUGAGGAAGUUGAACCAGGUGCGGAUGAAGAAGAAGGCGUGAACUACGUCAGUGGAGCUGGAUAUUUGGGUCAGAAGUUUGGUAACACACAUGGUAACCGUUACGACAAUGGGUAUGGUCAGAAAGGCAACAACAGUUUCGUUAGAACCUAUGGAAAUUCUUCAUACCAAUCGCCUCCUCCUCCAUCUGCAGAUACUGAAAUGAAAUCCAUGCUAGAACAGAUUCUAGUGGUUCAGCAGAACAUAACAGUGGAUUUCAACGGGAAGAUGGAUGCAUUAUAUACUUAUCUAAAUGGCAAGAUAGAAGCUUUAAGCACAUUUACCAACAAGUUGGACGUUAAGGUUGCACAGACUACUAGAACUGUAAAGAAACGAGAAGGAUGCAAUGCCAUUUUGAUUAGGGAUGGAGAUGAUGUUUGGGAGGAGGAAACAAGUGAAGAUGAUGAAACCGUACUUGCACAGCAGGUGUCGCUCGACACCAUCUCAGGGUGUUGA